GUUUCACCACGGAAGCUGAGUUGAGAAAUGUUGCGUUAGAGUUUCAAAGAAUUAUCGUUUAUAAUCGGAAAGCUAAGGGUUUCGAAAGAAGAGGUACAUUUUAACAACAUCUGAUUAAACUGGUGGAAAUCACGGAGGGGCAAAUAUGAUGCAUAACUGAUUGGCCACAGAUGACAACAGUGCUGGUAUGGUUGGUUGCUACAGAUAAGAUCCCACUAUGAAGUGUCUGCUGAUAGCCAGCGAGAGCGCUGAGGUCCUCUUCUAUUGGACAGACCCAGAGUUUGAACUCAACAUCCAGGAGCAGUAUGGAGCAUCACAGGAAGAGGGGGAGAAGCCACCAGCAUUUGAGGACAGCAUCAACACUCUGUUUGCCCCCAUCAUCAUCUCCUGCAGUACCAUGGUGGACAGACUGGGAGACAGCUAUACAUCCUUUAGUACUGAGAACAACCACACCUAUGUGCUACAUCAGUUUGAGGAGUGUCUGUACAUCGCUGUGAACGGAGACCAAGAAGAGGGCGAGGAGGAUCUGAAGAGGAAGAUUUACGUGAUGAAGAAGAUGAUUGAGGUCCAAUUCGGCAUGGUUACCCUCAGCAGCACCCUGAUCAGGAAAGAGCUGCGUCCUCAGGACACAGAGCAGAGGACCAAUCUAUGGAAAUAUCUACAGAGCCUCCUGGAGACCUACAGCCGCCUUCGAGAGCAGGACCAGAGCUUUUUAGUAGAGGCAGUAGAGAGGUUGAUCCAUCCUACUCUAUGUGAACAAUGUAUAGAGUUUCUGGAGCGUCGCUUGGUGCAGCAGAUCAACAGUAGUGUGGAGAGAGCAGGAGAGGAGGUCCUUCAUGCAUUCAUACUGGUGCACACCAAACUACUAGCCUUCUAUUCCAGUCGUAACGCUAGUACCCUCACCUCGUCUGACCUGCUUGCUCUUAUCGUCAUGGUGCAGAACAUGUAUCCUAGCAACAUCGACCUGGAGGAUACUGCCCCCGAGGAUGUGGAGAACACCUCAGCCCCAGAUAUAUUCUACACUCCAGAGCCUUCCCCUACUAAUAGGGACUCAGGGACUGACAGGGACUCCGUUAAUUCAGGCAGGCAUGAGGAGAGCAGGCAUGAAGAGAGCUGUCAUGUGGGCAGCGGUACUCCUGUGUUCCAGUUUUUGGAUCCAGACAUUCAGAUGGCGGAGGACAGUCUCCGGACCCUGGAAGCUCCUCCCCCUGACCCCUCGAACCCUAGCAGAGUCUUCCUAGAGGUCACGCUGAAGGAGGGCUGCUAUCCCAUGAUGCCUCACUCCAUGUACUGUCUGCCACUCUGGCCGGGCAUCACGCUGGUGCUGCUCACUAAGAUACCUAACAGUAACCUGGCCAUGUCAGUCUAUGUGUUCCUGGAGGCAUUUGCUAAGUUGGAGAAGCGUCUGAGUGAAGGUCUGGAGGGGUCAGCGGCCCGCGGCCAGACGUCCAUACAGGACCUCCGCAACAAACUGGACAAGUUCAUUAGGGCAUUGGGAACCUCAGACAUACAGACGUCCCAGCUACAGAGUGUGUGGACAGAGUUUAAGAGCCGGGCAUUCACCAGAGGAGGACCUGGCUUCAGCAGGGACCUGGUCCCCUGGUGUCGUACUAUGAAGAGCCAGCUGUGUGGAGUCUACAGACAGUGUUUCAUCACAGAGAACACAGUUGGAGGAGGGAGUCCACAGCGUCUAUCACCCAGUCUACAGGACAGAGCUCUCACCAUGGUGCAGGAGAAGUUGAUGGAUUGGAAAGACUUCCUGUUGGUGAAGAGUAAGAGAAACAUCACCAUGGUGUCGUACCUUGAGGAGUUCCCGGGCCUGAUCCAUUUCAUCUACGUCGACCGCACCGCUGGUCAGAUGAUCGCUCCUUCUCUCAACAUCACGGACCGUGCAACCUCUGAGCUAGGAAAGGGGCCACUGGCUCACUUCAUAAAGGGCAAGGUAUGGGAUCUGGUUAAUACAUCGAGGAUUUACCUACAGAAGGGUUAUUCCACUGUCACUCUGAGAGAUGGAGACUACUUCUUCUGCUACUUCCUCUGGUUCGAAAACGAAACGGGCUACAAACUGGAAGUAAAGGACCUGCCAAUCCUGCCCAACGACUCCGCCCCCAUCGGAAUGCUGGCCUGGGACUACUACAGGAAGCUGUUGCGCUACUACAGUAAGAGCCACCGGGAGGUGGUGAAGUGUUAUGAGCUGCUGACAGUCCAUCUAGGAGUCAUCCCUACAGAGUACAUACUACAACACUGUAGUCAACUAGCACGCAACUCUGGGAGCCUCACGUAUACCCCUACUGUAGGAGACACACACACACACACACACACACACACACAUAUAGAUCACUGAUUGUACAAAACAUUAUGUACACCUGC